AUGCUGCAAGUAACGCGAGAGGCACAGCGACUACUUGAAAACGGCUGGAAAGCAUGCAGCCACGGUCAAGCGGUGGAACGUCACUUUACGUUCAAGACCUUUGCCAAGACCUGGGCUUUCAUGGACGAAGUCGCCGCAGAAUGCAAGAAGCAACGUCACCAUCCGGAGUGGCGGAACGUGUACAACAAGACGCACAUUCGCUGGACGACCCAUAGACCGAAUGGUUUGUCGCUUAAAGAUACCCUGAUGGCGAGGUUUUGUGACGAAGCUGCCAAACGGCAUGGUGAGCUGCCUCUUCAUGAUCAGCCCAGUCAGAAACCGAGCACUACCGACACUAGGGUAUCGGGGGUUAACGGCGAGAACGGUCCUUAA